CUCCUGGGGUGACUGGUCCUCAUGUCAGUCAGAUUUGCAUGUUGACCAGCCUGCUGGAUCAAGUCUGACCUAUCAGAAACAUGGCAACCAGUGCCGUCCCCAGUGACAACCUCCCCACGUACAAGCUGGUGGUGGUGGGAGAUGGGGGUGUGGGCAAGAGCGCCCUCACCAUCCAGUUUUUCCAGAAGAUCUUUGUGCCUGACUACGACCCGACCAUCGAAGACUCCUACCUGAAACAUACGGAGAUUGACAAUCAGUGGGCCAUCCUGGACGUUCUGGACACAGCCGGGCAGGAGGAGUUCAGCGCCAUGCGGGAGCAGUACAUGCGCACAGGGGACGGCUUCCUCAUCGUCUACUCGGUGACAGACAAGGCCAGCUUCGAGCACGUGGACCGCUUCCACCAGCUCAUCCUGCGCGUCAAGGACAGAGAGUCAUUUCCGAUGAUCCUCGUGGCCAACAAGGUCGAUCUGAUGCAUUUGAGGAAAAUCACCAGGGAACAAGGAAAAGAAAUGGCGACCAAACACAAUAUUCCGUACAUAGAAACCAGUGCCAAGGACCCACCUCUCAACGUCGACAAAGCCUUCCAUGACCUGGUGAGGGUAAUUAGGCAACAGAUUCCAGAAAAGAGCCAGAAGAAGAAGAAGAAAACCAAAUGGCGGGGAGACCGGGCCACCGGCACCCACAAACUGCAGUGCGUGAUAUUGUGACGGGCCUGAGACCCUGGCCACAGUGACCAUGAACUGGCCAGCCCUCGGGACCCUCCACUGCCUAACCGCACUGAAAACCAUUUCUAACCAUGACCCUUGGCCCGAGGACCUGGCACGGGAAGGGAGAAAGGGAGGGUGGGCAGGAAGGAGAUAUGCUCCGGCUUUGCCAAAAGGGCACAGGCUUUCCCGUGUCUCGUAAGAGACCGGGAAGCAACGCUAAACAGAAGCAGCACCCAAGCCCCUCGCUUUGAUUCAACCCGGUUCCUCCCCGUCUCUCUCAGUGGCUACGUUGUUUCUUUGAAGUACACAGUAUUGAUUUGACAUUGAAGGGUGUACCUCAGACAAAGUACCAAACAAGCCAUGAUCAAUUCCCCGCCGGCUCCAGCCUCCAACCCAAAGUGUCUGAGCU